UCUCUCUCUCUCACACACACACACACACACACACGAAAACAUGUCAGGCCCUUAUCAUUCUGUCUAGAAAACCCUCCAUAGUCCUAUUUAUUUCUCCCUUCCGUUGCAUUCGUUAGAUUUUUUGGACAAAUUGGCUUUCCCUACUUACAAGCGCAUUUUUGUUCACAGGAGUGACUCUCUCUCUCUCUCUCUCUCUCUGCCAAGUGCCAAAACUUGAUUUUGGAAAUGGUGGCAGAAAAUCAGCCUGGUGAUCUAAAGAACGUAAACAAAGGAGCUUGGACUGCUGAAGAAGAUGAGAAGUUGUCUCUGUAUAUUAAAACUCAUGGACAGACGAGAUGGAGAUUGGUCCCUUCCAAAGCAGGGCUUAACCGAUGCGGGAGGAGCUGUAGACUGAGAUGGCUGAAUUAUUUGAGACCCAACAUCAAAAGAGGGAACAUCUCGGCUCAAGAAGAGGAUCUUAUAGUCAGACUUCAUAAACUUCUGGGUAACAGGUGGUCUCUAAUUGCAGGAAGGCUCCCCGGCCGCACCGACAACGAAAUAAAGAACUACUGGAAUACUCAUUUGUGCAAGAAACUAAAAUUACAGCAACAUCGACCGGCGGGAACGCUCAUUACUACCAGGGAUUCAAGUGCCGAGCCUGAAAAGGCGACUGCCUCGGGAAAGAAGCACACCACUACUGCCGCAACUGAAACGCCUUACGUACCAUCUGACAAUAUGACUGCUGCCGGUGAUCAGGAGUUCAACGUGGACCAGCCUUUCAAUUGCUCUUGUGUUUUAAGCACUGGCAUAGGUAAGCCAGUGGAAGACGUGAAGAAAGAGAGGGAAAAAGAUUGUGAUGGUGGCAGCGACAAGAUCACAGAACUACAAGCGUAUGACGAGUUCGGGUUUUGCCUAUUUCAGGGUGCUGAUCAGAAUCCCUUCGGCUUCCAGUGGUUGACAGAGGACUUAGACUAUAACAAGUAUUGGGAGAUUCCGAUGGGUACUAAUUCCAGUAUUUGGCGAGAUGGCCAGGUGAAUCAUGAGCUCAACACCAAUCACCUUGAAAAAUAAUUGAGACUUCAUGUUUCGUUACUGCACAUGACCCGUGACUCUCCCUCAGUUUGAUCUUCUCCUCUUUUUUUCCUUUGUCGUUGCCCUCCUCAGUUUGAUCCUUUCCUCUUUGUUUUUUGUGGAUACCAGUAUCUCCUCCCUCUGUCUAUGUCUCUGUCUCUCUCUUUCUCUCUCUUUCUCUCUCACUCGGUAACGGCUCUGGAAACGAGACAAAUUGAAUCCUCGGGGCAGAAACGUCACUUCCAUUUGCGGUUAUGUUGGGGAUGCGUUUAGCUCAGAUAGAUAAAUUUAUGCAAUGAAGGCUGAUUUUUUUCUUUGUCGAGGAAAGGAGGGGAGGCAAUGUUGGGGUCAGACUAGUGGCGCAGCCGAGAUUUUUUGGCAAAAGGGCACUUGGGUCACCGGUCCAAGUUUGGUGUGUAAUUUUUGAAUUAUCAUGUUGUAAUCUUAAGUUUUUCAAUAAAAAAUUUAAUGAGUUGGUGCGA